AAGUGCAACGAUCAUCCAGCGCGUCCUCCAGCUCUUCCAGAUUGUUGUUAAAACCAAGAAAUACCUUCGAAAUGAGUGAUUUAGUGAACGUUUACGCACUAUUGCGAAGCAAAUUCGCAGAAAAUAACUUCAGUUUGCGAUAUCCGCCUACUUACAUCCGGGAGCUGACUCAAAACAGCGACAAAAUCAUACUCGCUUUCGUGGAGCACGAUGUGCCGGUCAAGCAUGACCGCGAUAUGUGUGCCAACUCGCCCCCCUUAAAGGACCGCAGCGACUCCGAUAGCCUCAACCUUACUGGUUCCCCGCUGAAGGACGAUGUUAUUGUCGAAGAACUGGAACUCACAGGCGACGACGUACGGAGCACGAAAAUGUGGACCAACGAGGAGGAAACACUGGGUCCUCUGAGUACGGAGGCGGCACGAUCGCUUUUACAGAACUACAUCAACCAGGACUGUCGGAUCGGGUCAGGAGAACUGUGGGCCCUGUGCUCUGGCACCGAUAUGGAUCGCACGGUGCUAUUGCAGCUAACCGUAUACCAGGCUGAUGCAAAAAACAACCGAAAGUUUGGGCGUGGAAUUGUGCGUUUCACUGGGCAGCGACCCUGUGCCAGCAUUACCUUGGCCGAGCUACGAUCCAUUCAUCGGCAACGGGCGGUAGGCAUGACGCCAGCCCCGAAAAUACACAUCCGCCAGUGGUACAACUUGCAUCCGCAUAUUGCGAUACGCCUUAGUUGGCACACAAUGACCGAGAAUGCUAACUUCAUCGCCGAAAGAAAGGCUAGCGUUCGGAUCAGCCAACGGCUUGCCAUUAACAUUGGGGACUAUACCAAGUACGGCUCGCCGACUGAGUAUCUUUGGCAGCAGUUGCAGCGGUUAGCCUUACUAAGCGAGAAAAUUGUGGACAUUCGGGCAAACCGGGUGUCUGGCUACGAGAUGUACGGAGCUCACGGCUCAAAUGCGGAAACGGUGGAGUUUAUCAAGGAAAAGGUUAAUAGCAUACUGUGCAAGUUCCAGGCGGUAGAGCUAUCCGACUUUACCUUUACCACGAUCGCAAACAUGGUGGAACAGGUUCGCAACCGCAAUCUUACGGACGUGAUGGAACAACUGUACGAUGUAUUGAUUCUGAACCUCACUUACGAUGAUCUUAAAUCCUGCAUUGAUUACAUCUUUCAAUUGGCGGCACAUGCUAACAUUGUGAACAUCCCAUCGAACGGUACCCGGUUUGCCCAUCUUAUUCAAGCGAUGAUACAGGAUGUACCGACGCUCACUUCUGCCGAACCUUAUGAGCUGCUGUUGGAAGUCGGGUUUACCAAGCUAAUGCAUGACUUUCAGCUCAUCUUUGCGGAGUGUGGGUUCUACGAGCUGGAUUUCGAAACGCUCUUCCAACCGCAAUUAACCAACGCUCGGAAAUCCCGCUACAAUGCCGAUACGGUCCGUUCGGGAGGUAAAACCAUAAGCAAGGCUAGUGUUGGUGGCCGUACGGGUAGCCUAUCACAGCUAGGGCAAGGCAGCGGCAUGCUAGUUAUCGAGAAAUCCAUCCCGGUACGCCAUUUCGAUGAGGAUGAGGUAAACAUGAAGCUAAGCCGGUUGGCCCAAGUGCACCUACUGGUCGAUCAUUUGCUGUCGCUCGAGGAGUUCAUCAACAUCUCUUCGAUCUAUGGGCCAGUUUGCGAAGCUUACCUGGCCCAACGACCACUCGGCUAUCACCAGGUAUACAACCGAGAUACCGAUCUUCUAGAGCUAGACGUGAGCGAAGAAAAGUUGGUCAGUCUGACACACAAACUGUUGCCCUGUGCAAGACGCGUGUCGAUGUCUUCGAGCAAUAUGGUGCAAAAGCUCGAAACGGUCUUCUAUCAGAACGCCCAACCGAUCCUUCCCGAGCGGUUCUAUCCGCACUUUCGUCCGCAGGAGGACAGUGCCAUGACUGACGAACAGAUGUUCUGGUGUCUGGAGUAUGAUAAAAUCGAGCGUUUGUAA